CAGCGGGAGAGGAUGCUGCCCUGGCUGCUGUUCCGGACUGCGCGCAGGGCUGUCCUCGGGUCCGUGGAGACUGAGCUCUGCGAUUUGAAGUCAAUAAAGGAAAGCUGCCACAAUUUUUGUACUGCUACUUCUAAGGCUGUCACUUAUAAGGAACUCAAAAACCUGUUGAAUUCCAAAAACAUUAUGCUAAUUGAUGUCAGAGAGACAUGGGAAAUACUUGAAUAUGGAAAAAUCCCAGGAUCUGUCAAUAUACCAUUGAAUGAGGUAAGUGAAGCUCUCCAGAUGAACCCAAGAGACUUCAAAGAGAAGUACCAUGAAGUAAAGCCAUCCAAAUCCGACAGUCUAGUGUUUUCUUGUUUAGCCGGAAGGAGAAGCAAAAAGGCUCUGGACACAGCAAUAUCUCUGGGCUUUCACAGGGCUCAACACUAUGCUGGAGGAUGGAAGGAAUGGGAAACCUAUGAAUUUUCAGAAAACAAAAAAGGAAAUUGAGUUUUGGAAUACAAAUUGGCUGUUUCCUUGUGUACCUGCAACCUGGAGUACUUCAAUGAGCAAAAGAAAAAUGUAUUUCUGGAAGCAGUUGGUUAAUUCUAAGGGGAUUAUAUAUAUCAACAACUUG